AGGUCUUCCUCUUCAGGGGCCAAAGCAGAGGCUGGCAAGUGAGAGUGCAUGUGAAGUGGAACCCCAGGAGCUUCCCUGGGGUUACCAGAGGCCUGGAGUCCUAGUGACCAGGAGAGGGUGGUGCAGGCAGAGGUGCAGGGGUGGUGCUCAGAGAGGCUGGGGUUCUUGGGUUAAUCAUCACUGUGGCUCAGAUAAGGCCCUGCCAGCUGGAAGCAAAGUCAUUGUGACCAGAGGGGUUUGUGUGGCUAAAGAGGCAGGCAGGACAGUGUGUCUACAGUGCAGGACCAUGCCGGCCACAAAACGGUUUCAACAUGUGAUUGAGACCCCGGAGCCUGGCAAGUGGGAGUUGUCUGGAUAUGAGGCAGCUGUGCCAAUCACAGAGAAGUCAAACCCAUUGACCCAGGACCUGGACAAAGCAGAUGCUGAAAAAAUUGUUCAAUUGCUGGGGCAAUGUGAUGCUGAGAUCUUCCAGGAGGAGGGGCAAGGCAUGCCCACAUACCAGCGACUCUACAGCGAAUCAAUUCUGACCACCAUGGUACAAGUGGCUGGGAAAGUUCAGGAAAUACUGAAGGAGCCAGAUGGGGGCCUGGUAGUGCUGAGUGGAGGGGGUACCUCAGGCCGGAUGGCAUUCCUCCUGUCGGUCUCCUUUAACCAGCUGAUGAAAGGCCUUAGACAGAAACCUCUUUACACCUACCUCAUUGCAGGGGGUGACAGGUCUGUGGUGGCCUCUAGUGAGGGGACAGAAGAUAGUGCCCUGCACGGGAUUGAAUUACUGAAGAAGGUGGCUGCUGGGAAGAAGAAGGUGAUCGUCAUUGGCAUUUCGGUGGGACUCUCUGCUCCCUUUGUGGCAGGUCAGAUGGACUACUGCAUGGAUAACACAGCUGUCUUCUUGCCAGUCCUGGUUGGUUUCAAUCCAGUGAGCAUGGCCAGAAAUGACCCCAUUGAAGACUGGAGUUCAACAUUCCAACAAGUAGCAGAGCGGAUGCAGAAAAUGCAAGAGAAACAGAAAGCUUUUGUGCUCAAUCCUGCAGUCGGGCCUGAGGGUCUCAGCGGCUCCUCCCGGAUGAAAGGUGGAAGUGCCACCAAGAUCCUGCUGGAAACCCUGUUAUUAGCAGCCCAUAAGACUGUGGAUCGGGGCAUUGAAGCCUCUCAAAGAUGCCUUCUGGAAAUCCUGCGGACAUUUGAGCGGGCCCAUCAGGUGACCUAUAGCCAACGCCCCAAAAUUGCCACCCUGAUGAAGCAAGUCAGCACCAGUCUGGAGAGGAAAGGCAGAGCAUACCUGGUGGGUUGGCAGACCCUCGGCAUCAUUGCCAUCAUGGACGGAGUCGAGUGCAUCCACACCUUCGGCGCUGAUUUCCGAGAUAUCCGUGGUUUUCUCAUUGGUGAUCACAGCGACAUGUUUAACGAGAAGGCUGAGCUCAGCAACCAGGGUCCCCAGUUCUCCUUCUCCCAGGAGGACUUCCUGACUUCCAUCCUGCCAACCCUCACGGAAAUUGACACUGUGGUCUUCAUUUUCACUCUGGAUGACAACCUCACGGAGGUGCAGACACUGGUGGAGCAGGUGAAAGAGAAGACCACCAACAUCCAGGCCCUGGCACACAGCACUGUGGGGCAGUCCUUGCCGACCCCUCUGAAGAAGCUCUUCCCUUCCAUCAUCAGCAUCACGUGGCCACUGCUGUUCUUUGAAUAUGAAGGGAACUUCAUCCAGGUAUGGGGAAUGAGGUGGCAAUAUCCGCACCGUUCUCAGUUCCCCUGGCCGUCUAGCCUGAUAUUGGUCUUACCACUUCUUCCACAGAGGUUCUCUGGACAGUCCAAGGCUCGAUGCAUCGAGAGCCUCCUCCAAGCGAUCCACUUUCCUCAGCCACUGUCAGAUGAUAUUCGGGCUGCUCCCAUUUCCUGCCAUGUGCGGCUUGCACAUGAGAAGGAUCAGGUGAUCCCUGUAGCCUUGCUGAGCCUCCUAUUCCGGUGCUCUAUCACUGAAGCUCAGGCACACCUGGCUGCAGCUCCUUCUGUCUGUGAGGCUGUCAGGAGGGCCCUCGCCGGGCCUGGUCAGAAGCGCAGUGCGGACCCUGUCAAGACCCUGGAGCCUGCUGUGCAGUGAACCAGUUUUUCUGGGUGUGUGAAAGGGGCCCAGCCCAGCCCAAGGGGACUUGUACCAGCAGCACAAGUUGUGGGAGAAAGAGGCCCAGUUUCCAGGGGCACCAGCAGCCCAGGGUGGGGAGGAUUCUUAUUCUUGACCUAGUGGUUUCUACUAUCAUUGGCUUAUUUUCAUUUCAGAAAUAAAACUAAAUGUCUUGUG